AGAGACGAAGAACUGGUUCCAGGGCGAGUUCGCCCAGUUUCGCUGUCUAAAGAGGGCGGCGGGAGGGAAAUAUUCUUCUGGGUCAAUCACCACAGCAGCCGCAGCAGCAGCUACAACUACCGGCGGAGUCCUCGGUUCAACUGCAGCAAUGGCGGAAGCCCAUCAGGCCGUGGCAUUCCAAUUCACCAUCACCCCCGAGGGCAUCGACCUGCAGCUGUCCUACCAGGCCCUCAACCAGAUCUACCUGUCGGGCGUCCGGUCCUGGAAGAAGAGAGUGAGCAGGAUGCGGAACCGUGUGAUCAAGGGGGUUUACCCGGCCAGCCCGUCCUCAUGGCUCUUCGUGGUCAUCGCCAUCCUGGCCACCAUGUACAUGCGUUCAGAUCCCAGCAUGGGCCUCAUCGCCAAGAUCCAGCAGCACCUGCCGCUCAGCCUGGUCUCGCUGAGCUCUCAGGGUCAGACGAUGGUGUCAGUUCUGGUCUUCAGCACGCUGCUGUGGCUCUCGCUCAUCCUGGCGCUGCGCUUCUGCCUCAAGCUGCUGCUGUCCUACCACCAGUGGAUGUUCGAGCAGCACGGCCGCGUCUCCAACACCACCAAAGUCUGGGUGACUCUGCUGCGUCUACUGUCCAGCAGGAAGCCGCUGCUCUACAGCUACCAGACAUCUUUGCCCCACCUGCCCGUCCCAGCCAUCAAAGACACCCUGAGCCGAUACCUGGAGUCGGUGCGGCCGCUGCUGGACGAUGCAGGGUUUAUGAGGAUGACUCAGCUGGCCGGACAGUUCGAAAACACCCUGGGAAACCGACUUCAACGCUACUUGAAACUAAAAGCUUUGUGGGCCACCAACUAUGUGAGCGACUGGUGGGAGGAGUACAUCUACCUGCGCGGCCGAGGGCCCAUCAUGGUCAACAGCAACUACUAUGGAAUGGACUUUCUUUUUGUGACCCCAACAUCAGUGCAGGCGGCUCGGGCUGGAAACACCAUCACUGCCCUGCUGCUGUACCGACGCAAAGUCAACCGAGAGGAGCUCAAACCGAGUCGUGUUCCAGGCACCGUCAUCCCACUGUGUGCUGCUCAGUGUGAGAGGAUGUUCAACACUACUCGCACCCCAGGAGAAGAGACUGAAUUUUCCGAUCCCCUCCUCGACCAACGAUCGUCCCUCUGCUCCACAGACGUCCUCCAGCAUUGGCUGGACAGCGAGUUUGUUGCUGUGUACCACAAGGGGCGCUAUUUCCGCUUGUGGGUUUACCGUGCAGGCCGCCUUCUGUCGCCCCGAGAGAUCGAGUUCCAGAUCCAGAAGAUCCUGGACGACACGUCGCCACCGCAGCCCGGGGAGGAGAAGCUGGGCGCACUCACUGCUGGGGACAGGGUCCCCUGGGCCCAGAUGAGGAAGAAGCACUUCAGCAGCGGAAUCAACAGACGAUCGAUGGACGUGAUCGAUCGCGCCGCGUUCUUCAUCACCCUGGACGACGAGGAGCAGGGCAUGAGGGGGGACGACCCUGCGGGGAACCUGGACCGCUACGCCAAAUCUCUGCUGCACGGCAAAUGCUAUGACCGGUGGUUUGAUAAAUCCUUCUCCAUCAUCAUCUACAAGAACGGCAAGAGUGGCCUGAACGCCGAGCACUCGUGGGCUGACGCUCCGACUGUGGCUCAUCUGUGGGAGUUCACUCUUGCCACCGACGCCUUCCAGCUUGGCUACACGGAGGACGGACACUGCCGGGGAGAUGUGGACCGCUCGCUGCCUCCUCCACAGAGGCUCCAGUGGGACAUCCCAGCUGAGGUCCAGUCUCAGAUCAGCAGCUCUCUGGUGACGGCUCAGAAACUGGCUGAGGAUGUGGACUGCCACGUCUUCCCGUUCCGGGAGUUUGGAAAAGGCCGAAUCAAGAAGCUCCGCGUCAGUCCGGACGCUUUCAUCCAGAUCACCCUGCAGCUGGCCUACUUCCGGGACCGCGGCGGCUUCUGUCUGACCUACGAGGCCUCCAUGACUCGGCUGUUCCGUGAGGGUCGCACUGAGACGGUGAGGUCAUGUUCCAACGAGAGCUGCGCCUUCGUCAAAGCUUUGGAGGCCGGCGAGUCAGAGGACACCUGCCGACGCCUCUUCAGGGUGGCGUCAGAGCGGCACCAGAACCUGUACCGGAUGGCCAUGACCGGCGCCGGGAUCGACCGCCACCUCUUCUGCCUCUAUGUCGUCUCCAAGUAUCUCGGCGUGGAUUCUGCAUUCCUCAGAGAGGUGCUGUCCGAGCCGUGGCGCCUCUCCACCAGUCAGACUCCGGUGCAGCAGAUGGAGCUGUUCGACCUGAAGAACCACCCCGACUUCAUUUCUCUGGGAGGAGGGUUCGGGCCGGUGGCAGAUGACGGCUACGGCGUCUCCUACAUCAUCGUGGGCGAGGACAUGAUCAACUUUCAUGUGUCGUCCAAACACUCCUGCAGCGAGACCAGUUCGCGCCGGUUCGGGGCUCAGAUCACCAAGGCCGCCCUGGACAUCAUGGCACUGCUGUCUGCCGACACCAAAGACCCGGCGAAGCCGCGUCAAGAAAAGAAACUCAUCUGAAGCCGUGUGACUGAACUGAAGCUCCUCCCGUUCUCCCUUUAACGACCAACGCCGCAUUAAAACAAGUUUUCCUGUAGCUUCAGUCGAGAGCAAGAUCAUUCUGACUCUUCCUAUUGAAGCAGGGGACAUUUCAUGUGUCGAUCGGACCAUACACUGCCGGCUUUGUCGUGUGCUUGUCCUGUUGUGUUGAUAUGGAUGAAUAUGAAAGUCUUAAGUUAAUGUUCUUUGUUUUGUUCUUAAAAGGGUCUUUGGUAAUGCUACGCGUCAUUCUCAGUUGCCAGGUUUAAUUCUCGCGAUGUCCACUUGGGGACGUCUUUAUCUCAAACACAUACUUUGACAUUAGUUUGUGUCAUGGGGCAACAGUGACAGUUGGUACCUGUCAGUCAAGAGAGCUUGUUAUUGGUACAAAAAGGGAUAGAUCAAGUUUUCAACUGUCAGAAGGGGCUUGUUUUGUUUUGUCAGUUGUAGUCAUGAAUUGUGGUUUUCCGGGUGCUGCUGUUGCGUGAAACAUGUUCUUGUGUUGAUAACAGUGUUGGGAAGUAGACGUGCAGGAGGAAUCACAAGGAAUCACAAAUCAGAUCUUUGGCAGCCGCGCUCAUCUCUUCAGCAGCCCGAGGUCAAAUACUCAAUCCUCUAACCCCCAUGCCCUCUGGGAUGUGUGCCUCGUACAAACCUCAGCGAAACACUCAACAAUGCAAUUUUCUUGGUGUGAAAUCAAGGUGUCACGGUUUUUAAGAGUAAGCUAACUGUUAGCAUUAGCAGCAGUCUGCAAUGUAAUGUUUAACCUAUUGACAUUUCUAAGUAAACGGAACACAGAUUUCAACUUUUGUACAGCUAAUGCAUAUAAGCUCGUCUGUUAGCGUUAGCUUGCUGUUCAUGUACUUCAGUUGUAUUGAUUUUUUUUUUUUAGCAUUGUUUCAAUAAAUACUUUU